AUCCAGUUCAGAAAUAUCCGGUUUAAAUGCCGGCUAUAUAUAAUACGAAUGUGCUCGCUCUCUUUUCCUCAUUUUCUCUCUCCUCAUUUCUUCGCUUCUUUGUCUGAAUAGUUGCAGAUAUUUUUAUCAUCUUCCUCUCGAACUCUCGAUUAUUGAAGGCAGCUUUCUAAAAUUUUUCUAAGGGAACAUUUUGGUGAAGAUGGCUCUAGUCUCAGGUGUAAGGUCGACGCUGAAUCCUAAUGCUCCAUUGUAUAUCCCCGCUGCUUUUCGACAGGUGGAGGACUUCUCCCCCGAAUGGUACAAUUUGAUCACUACAUCAAUGUGGUUCCGUGACUAUUGGCUCAGCCAACACCAGGAAGCUGAAAUGUUGUAUGGCAACAAUGUGGGCAGCAUUGAGGAGAAUGACGUUCUUGACUUGCUUCCCGAUGAAAUCGAUCUUGGUGUUGAUGAAGAGUUGUUGGUCAUGGAGUCUCAGUUUGAAGAGUUCAUCAAAUCUAACGGGUCUCAGGAAAGCAAGCUUUUACCCAGAGAAAGCUUGGUCGAUGCAAAGACAGGGUUCACAUAUCUGGAAAAGCCCGUUCAGAAGUAGAGAGUCAUACGUGGGAGCAAAGUUUGCUCUUCUAACAUUAUGAUCCUCCUUCUUUAGUUGUAAUUUCUGUACAGAGCCAGGUUGAAGCUCUUGUAUGAGUCGUUAUUAAUGCCUUUUGUUUUCCCCAGAAGAUCAAGAGACUUUUUAAGCAAGGGUAGAAUGUAGAAAAAGAGAAAGAUGUAUGAUAACUUUUUUUUUUUUUUUUCAAAUGAAGCGAUUACUUCUA